AUGGCUUCUUCUGUCAAGUCUUCUUCUUCCACCGGCUCCAGCAUCAAGUCUUGGUUCGCUCGCCACUGCACGCCUGCUCCCGCCUGGCGCGGCCAGCAGACCUGCUGGUGCAAGGACUGCUUCAACCAGCAGAUGGGCCUGCCUAAGAAGCCCCAGGCCUCUGACUGGCCCUACAACCACCCUACUCGCAACAACAACGGCUUCAGCUCCGAGACGGCUUCUAUGAACUGCGAGUCGGUGGCUGAACUAGGAGUCGAUGGCGCAAUUCUUGAAGCUCUUGGCCUCGAUGCCAACGCCACCACGAUGAGCUCGCACGGCGGCUCCGGCUUCGCAUCGACCUUUAAGCUGUCCACGACGGUCGACGGCCAGCCGAAGCACUACUUUGUCAAGACGGGCAGCGGCGCCGACGCCGAGACCAUGUUCAAAGGCGAACAUGCCUCCCUCAACGCCAUUGCCGACGCCGUGCCCAAUUUCUGCCCGCGCUCUCACGCCCACGGCGCCAUGCACUCAUCCAACCGAUACUUUCUCGCCACCGACUUUCUCGACCUCGGCGCGCGCAGCUCCUCCUCCUCCUCCUCCUCCUCAGAUCCAGACUCUGGCGUGUCGCUCGCCGCCAAGCUCGCCAGGCUGCACACCACGCCCGCGCCCGUUCCCGACGGCCACGCCCAGCCCAUGUUUGGCUUUCCCGCGGCGACGUGCUGCGGCGAGACGGUGCAGGACAACACCUACAAGGCCUCGUGGGUCGACUUUUACGCCGACAACCGCCUCCGCGGCAUUUUGAGAGCAUCCGUGAAAAAGAACGGAUCCGACGCGGAGCUGGCCGCCGCCGUGGAGACGGUCGCCGACGAGGUGGUGCCGCGGCUGCUCGGCCGCGUCGAGGACAUCACGCCGGUGGUGGUCCACGGCGACCUUUGGAGCGGGAACCACUCCCGCGGGCGGAUCGCCGGGCACGGCGGCGUGGAGGAGGUCGUGUAUGACCCGUCGGCCGUGUAUGGCCACGCCGAGUACGACUACGGCAUCAUGAACAUGUUUGGCGGCUUCGGGACGGCGUUCUGGACGGAAUACCAUAAGCUGGUGCCCAAGGCAGAGCCGCGUGACGAGUGGAAGGAUCGCGUUGCUCUAUACGAGCUAUACCACCACUUGAAUCACUUUGCCAUGUUUGGUGGAGGAUAUCGCGGCGGCGCCAUGUCCAUCAUGAAGCGGCUGAUUUCAAAGUAUGCGGGUUAA